GUAUAUGUAUCUGGAUGGCACAAAGAUACAAUUUUAGCUCUAUAACCUCUUUCUCACUCAGAGAUUCACUUGCUUUUGUUACAGCAACAACUUCUGACAUACAAUAGGUAAAGUACAGCUAAAACAGGAAUCCAAAAAGACUGAAACUAGAGCUAAAUGGAGGACUUCAGUAUCAAAUACAGUUAACUUACAAAAAUCUCAGUUCCAGUGACCAAUCCGAAUGGCGAUCACCCAGCCAAGCUGUUCCUGUAAAGCUACAAGACUGGCAUAUAUCUGACAACAUGAAAAAGUAACCAGGCUCAACAUAUUAAAAUUCCUAGCCCAACACAUGUCUCCUGAGAAAGUAACUGUCACAGUUCGUUUGGUACGGUCCUUCGAACAUCGCAAUUUCAAAUCUGUGGUCUACCAUGAUGUUAAUGUAAAUCAGACUGUACAGGAAUUUCUUAACGUUCUUCAGAAUGAUUUAUCUUCAAAACCUGGUCUUCCACCACCUUUUAAGAAAUACACCUAUGAUACAUUAAAGAUUAUUCACCAAGCACACGGAGCAAAGACAAAUGAUCUCGUUGUGAGUUUAGACAAUGAUGAUCAACUUAUAUUAAAGGAGGCAAGCACACUGAAAGAAGCAGAAGUGGCCCAUGAAACAGAACUUGCUUGUUUUAAGAGAGAAGACUAUGAAAAGUUCAAAAAGAACCCUGUAGUAUUAUGGUGAUUUAACCAGAAUGUGCCAAAUCUUAAAUAAUUUUAAUGAGUUUGAAUAUUAUAUUCUUCAGAACAAGUUGAAACUUGUUCAAGAAUCCAAAAGAUGCCACGACAUAUAAGUAAAGUUUUAAUGGAUUUGAAAUCAGUCGCAACUGUAUGUCGUUGUCAAGCUCUGUUCAUAUUUUUUCAAAUAAAUGGAAUUAAAUUCAAUGUAAA